AUUCCAUGCCUUGAUAUUAAUUAGUUUAUUACAGUAUAUGUUCUUCCAUAUUUGUUUACUCAAAGAAGAAAACCUUUCUUGUUUAUUGUUCCAACAUACUCAGACGCGUAUCAAUGAAUUUCGGAACGAAUUUCAUGAAGCUGGUUGAAAAGCUCGAUUCUCUCAACUCCAAAGAUGAGAACAAGGCCAUGGUUGGUGUUUGCGAAUCACAACCGCCAACACUCGAAGACAAACUAAAGCUAACUCAAGAAAAACUCAAGAUAUCCAACCAGAACCUUGCCUCGGCCGUGAAAGACAAAGUCACUCUCCGCAACAAAGCCAAAAAGACUCGUAAACUGUUGAACAAGACCAACGAGCAGCUCAAGCAAGCUCUUGCCGCGCAAAAAGCCGACAAGGAACAUUACAUGAGCGCUCUCGAAAACUAUAGACAAGAGCUCCUUCCCAAUCUCGUCAGAAAACACUUGGUGACGCCGGUAGAAGACUUUAUAAGGUCGCAACACAAAGCGGUUAAAAUCGAGAACGAAAAACUAAAAUCGCAAAUCGAAGAUCUAAGGUUGGAAAACCGCGAGGCGAGGCAAGAGAUCGAUGGGCUCAACAUCUCGAUCGAGCUAACAAGAAAUGACUUGAAGGACUCGUUGAGUAGGUCGGAGGAUGAGGUGGCACUCAAGAAUCACGAGAUCUAUUUGCUUAAGAACUUGCUCAAGAAGAGCAAUGUUGAAUUCCUCGAGAUGAAGGAAGUCGGGAAGAGUUUGAGAAAAGCGAUAUCUGACGAGCAGUUGAAAUAUUUAUCGGUAAUCGAGAUGCUUCGGGAGAGGGAGGCCACAUUGGUGGCAAAGGUUGAGGCUUUGUCUAACCCGCCUCACGAGACUAUUGCGGAUAAAAAUGAAGAUGAUGAUGAUUUUGACGAGGAAGAUGAAAGUGAAUACGAUAUAGUUUCGGAUUGGACGAGCUCCGAGCAAACGAAGAGCGAUGAGAAUGCGGGAAUGUGGGAAAGCUUGGAGGUUGAUAAUGGCGGAGACUCCGGUUCGGAGUUGGAGGGUAAUGUGAUGAUAAAGAAAAAGAGUAAGCCUCUCUUUGGCAAGAUUGGGAGUUUGCUACUUAGGAAGUGAUUGGUUAUUUAUCAUUUUAUUUUUUUCUAUUUCAUGUUUUCAUAGGGAGGUUUAUAUAUAUAUAUGUUUUAGUUCAUUUUAGUUUUUGGAGGAUUUUGGACCAUCUUAAGACAUUUU